AUGAAAAUAGAAGUUCAUAUAAAGGAUAAACAAUUUGCAAUAAAUUGUGGAGAUGGAUUACAGAAAGUCAAAUGGUUGGGAGAUGUGGCUAUUUUUAGACAUAGUCAUUUCUAUUCAUAAAUAAAUUCAACAACAAAAGGAAUUAAAUUAGAGAAUGGAGAAAUGGUUGAUUUGAAUGCAAUAAUUAGUAGUACUUUAGCAGAGAAUACACAUGUUUGGGUUGUUUUAAAAGGUAUAAUUUACAAUAGAAAAUAUUAUAGAAGAUUUAGAAGCAAUGGGAAUGGAUAUGAAAUAGUAAUAAUAAUAACAUAAGAGACCAAUAACUGCUGUGAGUAGAAAAAAGUGAAC